AUGAGAUUCAUUUGCAAAAUUAGCAGUGAAGCUCAUGAAUUGGUUAUAAAAAACAUAAGGAAAGGAAACAAAGAGUAUUAAAUGGAAGCUCUUUAUUAAUAUCAUACAUUUAUAAACCAUGGUUGUCGUUUUACACCAUACGAAUGUAUCUGUGCAUCUGGCACAAAUGGUUCUGUGUUGCACUACGAAGAAAACUCGAAAACGAUAUAGGAAAGAGAACUGAUAUUAAAUGAUAUGGGAGGCAAGUUCUAUGGCUAUUGUAGUGACAUUACCGUAACUUUUCCUAGCGAUGGGAGAUUCACAUAAAAAUAAGCUAUUAUUUAUAAUGCUGUUCUUGAUGCUCAAAGACAAGUGCAUAAUUCAUUAAAAGUAGGAGUAAAUUGGGGAGACAUGCAAUUAUUGGCAGAAAGAACUAUCACCAAACAUCUGUUUAAUGCAGGAUUAAUAAAGGGAUCAAUGGAGGAUCUUAUUAAAAAUAGUAUAUGUAGAUUAUUCUUCACACAUGGACUUGGUCAUAUGUUGGGGUUAAGAACUCACGAUGUCGGAGGAUACAAUAAGGGUACUCCUCCAAGAUUACCAGAAUUAUCUUAAUUGCAGUUUCGUAGAGAUUUGGAUGUAGGAAUGAUAUUUACUAAUGAACCUGGAAUAUAUUUCAUUGAUUUUAUCUUACAAGAAGCUUAUAAAGACCCUAAUAAGUUGAAGUAUUUGAAUAGAGAAAGAAUUGAAGAAUUUAUGCAUGUAGGAGGUGUGAGACUAGAAGAUGAUAUAUUAUUGACAGCUAACGGCCCAGAAAUACUUAAUGAUGUACCCAGAACUAUUAAGUAAGUUGAGGCAUGUUGGCGAGGUGAAGAUUGGAGACAAAUAAAUGAUUGA